AUGGGUAACCAAGCUCUUCAGAUCAACGGCUUCACUAACACCGUCACCACCAACAACCACAUCACCACCCGUGGUAGUGACUGGCUUUUCACCGUUUCCGCAGUGUUGGCCUGCUCUGCUUUCGUCGUUAUCGGCUUGUCGCUCACCAAAACCCGGGCUCAACGAUUGUUUCACUACCUCAUUGCGUCCUUCCUCCUCGUUUCCGCCAUUGCGUACUUCGCCCAGGGUUCUAACCUUGGCUGGACCGCCAUCCAGGUUGAGUUUCCACGAAGUGACCCCAAGGUGGCCGGCACCCUGCGCCAGAUAUUCUACGUUCGAUACAUUGACUACUUCAUCACCACUCCCUUGGUGCUGACGACGCUACUGUUGUUCUCCGGCCUCCCUACUCCCACCAUCCUGUAUGUCCUAUUUCUGGACGAAAUCGCGGUGAUCUCGGGCCUGGUUGGCGCCCUAGUCAAGAGCAGCUACAAGUGGGGUUUCUACACUUUCGGCGUUGUCGCGUUCUUGUUCGUCGCCUUCUCUGUGGUCUGGGAGGGCCGAGUAUAUGCUCGUGCUCUUGGCCAGGACAUCCUCAGGAACUACACCCUGGUCAGCAGCUGCCUCAUGCUCCUGUGGCUUGUGUAUCCUAUAGCCUGGGGGGUCAGCGAGGGUGGCAACAUUAUUGCCCCAGACUCAGAAGCCAUCACAUAUGGUGUCCUUGAUAUCCUUGCUAAGCCCGUGUUUGCUGCUCUCUUCCUCUGGAGCAUCCGCACCGUCGACCUCACGCGUCUCGGCCUCCACAUCCGCGAUGGCAGCGUCGCACCCGGUGCUGCCGUUGGCGAGAAGCCGGCCAUCCCUGCCAGUGAGCCCGUUGUCGCUCCCGCGGCUGACACCACCACUUCCAAUGCAGUGUAA